UGGCGUUAAGUUGUACUACUCGGGGCGAGUGGAAGAUGGCGCUGUUUCCCGCUCUCGGUUUGUUAGUGUGGUUGCUAGGAUACCAGUUGACCAGAGCUGUAAAUGUGUCUAGCUUAACGUUAACGUUAGAUACCCCCUGAGUUCAAUUGCCUGCAUGUGUGUUAUGACCAAAACGUUUGCCUUAAAAUGUCAGACACAGACGGAGAUCACGAAGGUCAAAAGCCAAAGGGCGUAUUCUCCACUUCAAUGGCCGAUGGGGAUUGGCUGUACCUUAAAGGAGAGUAUAAAAAGGCUAUAGAGAGCUACACAACGGCACUGACUUUAAAGCCUGGUGACAAGUCCUGCUUUGUUGGCCGCUCCAAAUGUUACCUGAAGAUGGGGCAAUCUGAAAACGCUUUAAAAGAUGCAGAGGCUUCACUCACACAGGACAAGUCAUUUUUCGAGGGAUUGUACCAGAAGGCAGAGGCAUUGUACUACAUGGGAGAAUUUGAAUUUGCGCUGGUGUUUUACCACAGAGGACAAAACCUACGUCCACAAAUACAGGAGUUCAGACUGGGUAUCCAGAAAGCACAGGAGGCCAUCGAAAACGCUGUUGGCAGCCCGUCCUCUGUAAAACUGGAGAUUAAGGGAGACCUAUCAUUUCUUCAAAAAGAUGAGGAGAGGGCACAGCCAAUUACUGCUAUUCAGCAUCUGACGAAGGAGAAAAAACAGCAAACCCAGAAGACCCCUAAGAGUGAGAAGACAACCAAACAACUGCUGGGAGAGUUUUACAGUGACAAAAAAUAUCUAGAAAACCUGCUUAAAGAUGAAGACUUGGUAAAAGGGAACACAAAGGGUGGAGAGCGACUGCAGGACGUCAUUCAGAGCUGCCUCACAUACCUUGACACUUGCACCGAGUUCUGGAACCAGGAGAAACCUAUCUAUGCACGGGAAAGGGAGCGUAAGCUCAAACAGCGAAAAUGUAGCAAGCCCUGUCAGAGCGCACCCUCUGAACCUGCUCAGUUUCUGCUGAAGAGCCUUGAUGACAUUGAUGCAGAGCUGACAUCUGGAAACGCAGAAGGUAGUCUCAAGAAGGCCGAAGAAGUCAUGAAGAUAGUGCAGGGAUGGUCAGAGAAAGAGGUGCCUAAUAAGAAAGAGGUUUUAGGCAACCUGCACAGUUGUAUUGGGAAUGCCUUGAUCGACCUGGGAGACAUAGACAAAGCACUAAACCAUCAUCAAAAAGACUUGGAGUUGGCUAAACAGUGCAAACUCCCAGAUGCAAUGUCCAGGGCUUUGGACAACAUUGGGCGGGUGUAUGCCCAAAUUGGACAGUUCACACAGGCCAUUAAGUUCUGGGAGAAGAAGAUUCCCUUGGUCUGUGGUGGUUUGGAGAAGACCUGGUUGUUUCAUGAGAUUGGUUGGUGUUACCUGGAGCUUAAUCGCCAUGAAGAAGCCAGAGACUAUGGCGUCUGUUCAGUUGCUGCGGCUGAUGAAAUUGCUGAUGAGAAAUGGCAGAUAAACGCUAAUGUAUUGGUGGCACAAUCAGAAUUGAAACUUGGAAACUUUGAAUCCUGUGUCUUCCACUUUGAGAGAGCCUUGACCCUGGCCAAACUGCAAGAAGACGACUCCGCCAUGAAUGUCAUUCAGAAGGCCCUUGAUGAAGCAAAGCAACACUUACCACAGUGAGGAGGCUAAUUGAGAAAAAGACCUACAGAAGACAACAAUCAGCAAAUGAAAGUUGAUAGACCAAAAAGAGACCAAUAAAAGUCAUCUCCCUCAAAUGGGCAGCUUUGAGUUUUUAUGAGUGCAAAAAGUGCUCAGAAUGUAUAAUUAACAGUCUGAUAUAGUCUGAUAGAGUGUCAGUAUUUUGACAGAUGCUGAAAAGCUUUAUGGGCACAUAUUGUAUUUGAAUUUGGGAUGUCUGAGUUUAUGUGAAAUUGCUGACAUACUAAGUUUUUCAAUAUGAAUAUUUAUUAAGACACUGGCUGAUAAGACUCAGUUAUCUGCUUAUAGGUCUUGGUGCAAGAAGGCAUGUUUUGUGUAGCAACUUCUCAAAGGUCAAAAUACAAGCAGUCCAGUAUGAAACACAAAUAGAAACCAGGCACUGGAUCUUUAUAAGAUCAUACUGUGAAGUUCAUUUUGGGAGCAUUGGUCUCACAAUUUCAUAGACAGUAGUGGAUUGUGCAAAGAUAUACUGUUCUCUGAAGAGUAAAAAUAUGUAUAUGGGGAAGUGUUUAAAUCUGGCCUACAUCCUGCUCUAUUUUACAUAAUUACUUCUAAAGAACAAAUGCUAAUAUUUUCAGUUACAGUCCAAAUCUGUUUGUGAGGCUGCAUUUUUGGCAGAAUUCUAUGAAAAACAAACAUCUAUUAUAUAGAAAAUGUGUCACUUAAUAUACAAAAUACAGAGGAAUUUUAUCACACACAUACAUACAUACAUGACAUACACACUGCCACCUGCCAACCAUGAAGUGCUUUUAUUUUUGAUAACUUAAGAGUUCCCCAUACAGACCUCUGCUUGCAGAGCACUUCCCCUUGUCACACCUUUAUCACAUGGUGUGAUUUACACACAGAUAACUGCUUCCUGCAGGGUUUAUAAUAUCAGUUAAUUGUUUGUGUGCAGUCGAAAGAGUGUAUAAUUACAAUUUAUGGUCAUUGUCUGCUUUUUGAUGGUACUUCCCUUUGUCUGAGAUGUUGAUAAUGAAUGUGAAACAAAGCAUAGUAGUGUAUCUUUCAAUUAAAAUGGUUUGGUUGUGUUCUUAAACGGAAGUCUUCAUAAAUAUUGAUAAAAUGUCCCUGAUACAUUGCCUUGUGUAUAUCUAAACUACUGCAGCCUUUCUGUCUGUCUGUGAGGCCUACUUUUUGGGAUAGGAGUGGUAUCACAGAAUAAAGUGAUUGUGGUUUACACCAGGUCAA